GCGGGUGGGUGACAGCUGGGCUCGCUGCGCUCCGCUCCAGUCUGGUAAGGAGCUUCAUCUCCAAAUAGGAUGACCGUCGGCUUUUGUGGAAGGUACUGCGCUCGUGCUCCGUAGCUAGUUCUGGGACACCCGGUUCGCCUCCGUCCGUUCAGCUCACACCUCGGGUUGCGGGAAAAAGCCAGAAACGUCGGUGGGGUGUUAUUUCUUCUCUAGUGUGGAUUUCCGAUGGAUAUUCCGAUCUGAAGAGGUGUGAUUUGAGCGCGGCAUGUAACAGAAAGAGGCGCAGGAGAAAAGUAGCGCUCGUAUUGUUGUUGUGAAUCGUCUGAACUGCUUUAAACAGCCGCGUCUCAUGGAUUACUAACGGACAGAGCAUCUACUAUACCGAGGUGGAUCCAUUCAUGAGCUGAAAGGCUGAGGAAAAAUCUGUAGCAGAGGACCGGCAGCAGCGGCAGCAGCAGUGUUGGUGCGACCAUGAGGUCAGAGGCCUUGUUACUCUACUUCACGCUACUGCAAAUAGCCGGGGCGGGCUUCCCCGAAGACAGCGAGCCCAUUAGCAUCUCACACGGCAACUACACAAAGCAGUAUCCAGCAUUUGUAGGCCACAAACCUGGCAGGAACAACACACAGCGGCACAGACUGGACAUCCAGCUCAUCAUGAUCAUGAACAGGACGAUAUACAUCGCUGCCAGGGAUCACAUAUACACGGUGGAGACAGACACUGCCAACGGUGACGAGAUCUUUUUCAGUAAGAAAAUGACAUGGAAGUCCAGACAGGCAGACGUGGACACUUGCAGAAUGAAAGGGAAACACAAGGACGAGUGUCACAAUUUCAUCAAAGUUCUCCUGCAGCAAAAUGAUGACACCUUGUUUGUUUGUGGAACAAACGCUUUCAACCCCUCCUGCCGAACGUACAAGUUGGACACCUUGGAGGCCCUGGGAGAGGAGAUCAGUGGGAUGGCCCGAUGUCCAUACGACGCCAAGCAUGCCAACGUUGCCCUCUUCGCUGGUGGCAAGCUGUACUCGGCCACCGUAACGGACUUCCUGGCGAUCGACGCGGUCAUCUAUCGCAGCCUGGGAGACAGCCCGACGCUGCGAACUGUCAAACACGACUCCAAGUGGCUGAAAGAGCCUUACUUUAUCCAGGCAGUCGAUUAUGGGGACUUCAUCUACUUCUUCUAUCGGGAAAUUGCAAUGGAGUACAACACGAUGGGAAAGGUGGUGUUUCCUCGAGUGGCCAGGGUCUGUAAGAACGACAGGGGGGGCUCCCCUCGGGUCCUGGAGAAGCAGUGGACCUCCUUCAUGAAGUCCAGGAUGAACUGCUCCAUACCCGGCGACUCCCACUUCUACUUCAACAUCCUGCAGGCUGUGACAGACGUCAUCCACAUCAACGGGCGGGACGUGGUGAUGGCAACCUUCUCCACACCCUACAACAGCAUUCCAGGCUCGGCGGUGUGCGCCUACGACAUGGAGGAGGUGGCCAACACGUUCACCGGGCGUUUCAAAGAGCAGAAAUCCUCCGAUUCUACCUGGACGCCCUUUCCUGAGGACAAGGUUCCCAAGCCAAGACCUGGCAACUGCGCCGGCACUUCAUCCAUGGAGAGGUACAAAGUAUCCAACGAGUUCCCCGACGACACACUCAACUUCAUCAAGAUGCAUCCGCUGAUGGACGAGGCCGUGCCCUCCAUCGCUAAUAGGCCCUGGUUCCUCAAGACCAUGGUCCGGUAUCGUCUGACGCGCAUUGUCGUGGACGGUGAGGCGGGUCCCCACAAGAACAACACGGUGGUCUUCCUGGGAUCUGAGAAAGGAAUCAUCCUCAAGUUCCUGGCCAAGGUGAACGAUGGCUUUCUCAACGAUAGCCUGUUCCUGGAGGAGCUCAACGUCUACAACCCGGACAAGUGCAGUAUAGAUGGUGUGGACGACAAGCGGAUCAUUGGCAUGCUGAUAGACAGCAAGAGUCAUUCUCUGUGGGUUGCGUUCUCCUCCUGUGUGGUUAAAGUUCCACUGUCUCGCUGUGAAAGACAUGGAAGAUGCAAGAAGUCCUGUAUAGCCUCCAGGGACCCGUACUGUGGCUGGGUGUCAGAGGGAGCCUGCAGACAGGUGGUUGGCAACAUAAAAUCAGCCUUUGAGCAGGACGUGGAACAUGGCAACACAGAUGGCCUGGGAGACUGCCAAAAUACCUUUGUGGCACUCAACGGCCACCAUCACCACCAUCACCACACCCUCACACUCCCCACCUCGGCCCUACCUGAGGCCGCCGAGGGCCCCCUGGGGCGGGGCCGCAUGGUGGAGCGGAAGGACCCCCCCAUGAGCUCAGACAAAGGGGAGGACCCCUACAUGGCCGUGCCCUCUCAGACCCAGCCUGAAGCCAAUGGUGUGAUCCGUGAGAGCUACCAGAAGGGUCGUGACCAGCUGGUUCCCGUGACCUUGUUGGCCAUCGCUGUCAUCCUCGCAUUUGCCAUGGGCGCCAUCUUCUCCGGCAUCAUUGUCUACUGUGUCUGCGACCACAGGCGGCGAGACAUCGACCUAACAGGCCGCAAAGAAAAGGACGGCCACCACCUCCACUCCCGCCGGGGAUCAAUGAACAGUGUGACUAAGCUGACGGGCCUGUUUGAGACCCAGGCCAAAGACGGCCGCCCCGAGGCCAUCCUCACCCCUUUGAUGCACAACGGGAGAAUGACACCAAACGGGAAGAUGCUGAUAAAAGCGGACCAGCACCACCUGGACCUCACUGCCCUGCCAACGCCGGAGUCCACCCCCAUGCAGCCACGUCGCAAGCCCGGUCGCGGAAGCCGUGAGUGGGAAAGAAACCAGAACCUCAUUAACGCCUGCACCAAGGACAUGCCACACAUGGGCUCCCCGGUUAUAUCUACGGACCUGCCCCUGAGGGCGUCACCAGGUCACAUCCCCAGUGUGGUGGUGCUGCCCCUGCCACAGCAUCAGCACCAGCUCCAGCCUCACCUGCAGCCACACCAGCACUCCUACCAGCACGAGUAUGUGGAGCAGCCCCACCACAGUGACAUGAGCAUGGGCCACAGUGUCAUGGACGACCAGGGGGCCACCCUGGAGUACAAGACAGUGAAGAGCCCAUGUCACAACCUCAACAUGGUGGAUCCAGAUGGGGUGCUGCCGCCCCGCGUGCCCCAAAGAGAGGCUUCCCUCACCAUCCCCCCCGCCGUGCCACAGAUGGGCAAACGUCUGGAGGUGCACUCGUCAGUCUACGGUCUCCGGAAAGGAUCAGCGUCCGCUGCGUCCGGGUCCUCCGCCCUCAAGAGGCACAACACCAACUCCUCUAACUCCUCCCACUUGGCGAGACAUCACAGCUUCAACCGCGUGGAGACGCCGCCGCCUGCACCUCAGAGGGUGGACUCCAUACAAAUGACAGCACAGGGAAUAUCUCUGUCACGGCAGCCUGGGAUGAGCUCCUAUGGUUCACUGCCUCGAACGGGCAUCAAGUACCUCAAGCCUGAUGUCCCUCCCAAACCCUCUGUAGUCUCUCUCUCAACAAAAGUCAAGUCCAGUGACUCCUGCACAUAGUCAGCUUCUCCGCCAGUCAGUCCGAUGGGAACAAACAGUAGAUAAAAGGUUUUUCUGAGAGAGAAAAAAACAGGGAAUACUGUACAACUUGCAUCUCCUUUUAGUGUUUUAUUUUUGGUUUGUUUUUUGGUGAAAUAUACAACACAUUUUUGUUCUUUUGUUUUUUAAAGAAAGACUUUCUUUUUAUAUAAAUAUGUAAAUAUUAUACAAAUGGUUGUCGUCAUUUGUUGCCGUCACAGAGCUCAAGCUCCGGCUGGCUCCCAGUUCCUCUGUUAACACACGUGGGAACAUGUGCUACUGAAACAGAAGAUGACGUUCGUCCUGAAUAUUUCAUCCGACGGCACCCUGUAGCAUCCAAGACUUGUGGUUCUCUUUUUUGUGGUGUCUUUGGCCGCCGGGACGCGACACGACACUUCAUCACGCUGGUAAAAGCACAGAAGAAGACAGCGCGGGGAGAUGGGAGAAUGAUCGUUGUACAGUACCUUGAGGACUGGGGGAGUCUGAGUGUGCGGGCACUCGGAGGGACUGAAAGGACAGACAGCUGCCUGAGGUCUGUGGCAAACUGUGAAAAGCCUCUCAGUGUUACAGCAAUCAAGUCCUGCCCGGGUUCCACAGGAAGCCCGGGCCAGAAGAAUCCUCUACUGUGCUGGUUACUGAAUAACACAUGACUGUUAAUACUAAUAGCUUGUUGUAUUUAUUUUUAUUAAGUGCUUUUGAAAAAACAAUGACUGACUUUCUAGGCUCGGAGAGAGAGACGGGAGAGAGGAGAGAUCUUUUAAUAAUAAUUAAUCAAGUGUGAGAAAGAAAAAAAACAACCUUAUUUAAAGUCAUUAAACUGGAGCCAGUAGAACUUUUCUUGAUGACUAAAGGUCCACUGGGUCUGACUGGGUGCUCAGUGGGACCUGCAGCUUGACAUAUAUGUGAAGAGGAGGAGAUAUUUAUUUAAAAACCGUGCCAGACAGGGACAUUUAACUUCAUGGACCAGAGUUUCCAUCGUUUUAAACCAAUCAUAAGAAGAAAAAAAAGAACUUCCUGAAUCUCACCAUGUCACUCCUCCAAUGAGCAACCCCCCCCCCCCCCC